AUGUCUCGGAGGAAGAUUUCGUCCGAGUCCUUCAGCUCCCUGGGCUCCGACUAUCUGGAGACCAGCCCCGAGGAGGAGGCAGAGUGCCCGUUGUCCAGGCUCUGCUGGAACGGCGGCCGCAGCGCGCCCGGGCCGUUCGAGCCCAGCGCGGCGCUCGUCUCCGCCCGAGCCCCGGCGGCCGGCGCAGCAGCAGCCGCCGCAGUCAGCGCCGCCACGGCCGGGGCCAGGAGAGCGCAGCGCCGCAGGCGGGUCAACCUGGACUCGCUGGGCGAGAGCAUCAGCCGUCUGACGGCGCCCUCGCCCCAGAUGAUACAGCAGACUCUCAAGAGGACACUGCAAUAUUAUGAGCACCAAGUUACAGGUUAUAGGGAUACAGAAAAGAAUUUCUACAAUAUCUCUAACAGAUGCUCCUAUGCAGACCAUUCCAACAAAGAGGACAUUGAAGAGGUCUCAGGAAUUCUUCAGUGUACUGCUAAUGUUCUCGGUUUGAAGUUUGAGGAAAUCCAAGAAAGAUUUGGUGAGGAAUUCUUUAAUAUAUGCUUUGAUGACAAUGAGAGAGUCCUUCGAGCUGUAGGUGGCACAUUGCAGGACUUUUUUAAUGGCUUUGAUGCUUUGUUGGAACAUAUUAGAACUUCUUUUGGAAAACAGGCCACUCUAGAGUCACCAUCAUUCCUAUGCAAAGAACUCCCCGAAGGUACUCUUAUACUCCACUACUUCCACCCUCACCACAUUGUGGGGUUUGCAAUGCUUGGAAUGAUUAAGGCUGCAGGAAAGAAGAUCUAUCGGCUGGAUGUGGAAGUGAAACAGGUUGCUGAGAAACUGUGCUCUGAUGGUUCAAACCCAGGCAACUGUAAUGGCCUUGCUUUCCUUAUCAGACAAUGUGAAAAUGCUAAUAUCACGAAGAACCUUCCACAGGGAACAUCCCAAGUUCCUGCGGACCUCAGAAUUAGCAUCAACACCUUCUGCAGAGCCUUCCCUUUUCACUUGAUGUUUGACCCCCACAUGUCAGUCCUUCAGCUGGGGGAAGGCCUAAGGAAGCAGCUCCGAUGUGACACUCACAAAGUGCUCAAGUUUGAGGACUGCUUUGAGAUAAUUUCUCCGAAGGUUAAUGCCACCUUUGAAAGGGUUCUGCUGCGCCUAUCCACCCCAUUUGUGAUUAGGACCAAGCCUGAGGCUUCUGGCACUGAGAAUAAAGACAAGGUGAUGGAAGUUAAAGGACAAAUGAUCCAUGUCUCGGAAUCAAAUUCCAUUUUGUUCUUGGGUUCUCCAUGUGUGGACAAGUUGGAUGAACUCAUGGGACGAGGGCUACAUCUCUCGGACAUCCCCAUCCAUGAUGCUACUCGAGAUGUCAUCUUGGUUGGCGAGCAGGCAAAGGCCCAGGAUGGGCUGAAGAAGAGGAUGGAUAAAUUAAAAGCAACUUUGGAAAGAACUCACCAGGCCCUGGAAGAAGAGAAAAAGAAAACAGUGGAUCUUCUGUAUUCCAUUUUCCCUGGUGAUGUAGCCCAGCAACUGUGGCAAGGGCAGCAAGUGCAGGCCAGGAAGUUUGAUGAUGUCACCAUGCUGUUUUCAGACAUCGUUGGCUUCACGGCCAUAUGUGCCCAGUGUACCCCCAUGCAGGUCAUCAGCAUGCUGAAUGAACUGUACACAAGAUUCGACCACCAGUGUGGAUUUUUGGAUAUUUAUAAGGUGGAAACAAUAGGUGAUGCAUACUGUGUUGCUGCAGGGCUCCACAGAAAAAGCCUUUGCCAUGCUAAGCCCAUUGCUCUGAUGGCCCUUAAGAUGAUGGAACUUUCAGAAGAGGUGUUGACACCUGAUGGAAGACCAAUUCAGAUGAGGAUAGGCAUUCACUCAGGCUCUGUGCUGGCUGGAGUUGUUGGGGUAAGAAUGCCACGAUAUUGCCUGUUUGGAAAUAAUGUCACUCUGGCAAGCAAAUUUGAAUCAGGAAGUCACCCUCGACGCAUCAAUGUCAGCCCAACCACUUACCAAUUAUUAAAACGAGAAGAAAGUUUCACAUUCAUUCCUCGGUCCCGUGAAGAGCUUCCAGACAACUUUCCAAAAGAAAUCCCUGGGAUCUGCUAUUUCCUGGAGGUAAGAACUGGUCCUAAGCAGCCAAAGCCUUCUCUUUCUUCAUCGAAAAUAAAAAAGGUUUCCUACAACAUUGGCACUAUGUUCCUCCGGGAGACAAGCCUCUGA